AUGUAUUGUCUUUCCGGAACUAGAGAAUCCCUCAAACUGAACUCUGGUUUCCUUAAUCUUCUCCCUAAAUUCUAUGGGAACGCAGGUGACAAUCCUUAUAGACAUUUAAAAGAGCUUAAAGUUGUAUGUUCUUCUAUGAAUCCCGGAGGAAUAGAACAGGAACAUAUUAGAUUGCAUGCUUUUCUUUUUUCUUUGCAAGAUCCUGAUAAAGAGUGGUUAUAUGAGCAACUUCCAUCUAGUUCCAUUAAUUCUUGGGUAGAAUUGGAAAAAGUUUUUCUUGAAAGAUUCUUUCCUGCGAGUCGUAUAGGUUCUAUUAGCAAGGAAAUUUGUGGAAUUAGAGAGAAUAAUAAUGAGUCUUUAUAUGAGUACUGGCAACUUUUUAAUAGGCUUUGUUCAUCUUGUCCACAACACCAAAUAAGUGAUCAAUUGUUAAUUCAAUACUUUUAUGAAGGUUUGUUACCUAAUGAUACAGGUAUGAUAGAUGCAUCUAGUGGGGGUGCAUUAGUUGAUAAAACACCUACUGAAGCUAGAAAAUUAAUCUCUAAUAUGGCUCAGAAUACACAACAGUUUAGUACUAGAAAUGAUGUUAAAAGAGUAAAUGAAAUUGAUAUAAGUGGUAUUCAUAAUCAAUUACAAGAAAAUUCUCAACAAAUUGUUACUUUGACUACUCUUGUUUCUAAAAUUGCUAGUAAUGAGUCUAAAUCUAGAGUUUGUGGUGUUUGUUCUGAUUUUUCUCAUGCUACUGAUGAAUGUCCUACUUUACAGAGUGAAGAUGUUAAUGCCUUAGGGGGACUUCCUACUCAAACAAUUGCCAAUCCAAAUGAACAUGCUAAAGCUGUAACACUUAGGAGUGGUAAAGAGUUAGCAGAACCUAAAAUGAAGAAUAGAGCAGCAGAGAAAGAAGUAGAAGUCAGACCUAAGGAUAUAGUUAGUGAGAGUAAGGAAAAACAUGAUAAAGAGAGCGAGAAAGAAUCUAUAGGGAAGGGUAAUUCUGAUGUGAAUUUUGAUGUUUCUCGUUUUAAACAUGUUCCUCCUUUCCCCUCUCGAUUUGCUAAAUCUAAGAAAGAAGCUAUGGACAAUGAUUCUAGAGACUUUUAG